AGAGUUGCGAAGUCAAAGCAGGCGAGGGGGCGGUCCCUCGGAGCAGGAGAUGGCACAUAAAACGGUCGGGGCCCAGGGCCACUCCUCCUCGCCCCGCACCGUGGGCUCCGUGUCCAGCUGCCCGCGCCCGAGCCCACCUUUCCCCACCGAGCGCCCCGGGCGAGCCCGGGGGCCCCCAGUGCCAUGGCCCGUAAGCUCGGAGGGCGCAAGACUACCGUGAUCUUGGGGCUGGUGGGGCUGCUCUGCACGGUCCUGGGCGCCGUCAUGAUCUUCGUGGUGCCCCAGCUGAUCAGAAAUCAGAUCUUCCAGAAUAUCAAAAUCGACCCCAGCAGCCUGGCCUACGGAAUGUGGAAGGAGAUCCCCAUUCCCUUCUACAUGUCUGUAUAUCUGUUCAACGUGGUGAACCCGGAGGAGGUGCUGAAGGGGGAGAAGCCCUACAUUGAGGAGCGGGGGCCUUACGUCUACAGAGAAUACAGACAGAAACGAAACAUCACUUUCAAUGACAAUGACACGGUGUCCUUCUUAGAAUACCGGUCCUUUGAAUUCCAGCCUGAAAUGUCCCAGGGCUUAGAAACCGAUUACAUCGUGAUGCCCAACAUCUUGGUCUUGGCGUCCUCGGUGAUGAUGGAGAACAAACCCAUGUCCAUGAAGGUGUUAAUGAGCCUGUCAUUCUCCAUGUUUGGCCAGCGGGCCUUCAUAAACCGAACGGUGGGGGACAUCUUGUGGGGUUAUCAGGAUCCCCUCAUCAAUCUGCUGAAUAAAUACUUCCCUAACAUGUUACCAUUUAAGGAUAAAUUUGGCUUAUUUUCAGAGUUAAACAACUCCCAUUCAGGAGUGUUCACUGUGUUUACGGGGGUCGAAGACUUCAGCAAAAUCCAUCUGGUGGACAAGUGGAAUGGGAAGAGCAAGUUAAACUUCUGGAAUUCAGACCAGUGCAAUAUGAUUAAUGGGACAUCUGGACAGAUGUGGGCCCCUUUCAUGACUCCAGAGUAUAAUCUUGAGUUCUACAGCCCAGAGGCUUGCCGGUCUCUGAAUUUUGAUUAUGAAAAGUCAGGAGAGUUCAAGGGUAUUCCUACUUAUCGAUUUGUGGCCCCUAACACCUUAUUUGCCAACGGGUCUGUCUACCCACCGAAUGAAGGUUUCUGUCCUUGUCUGGAGUCGGGAAUCCAGAAUAUGAGCUCUUGUCAGUCAAGUGCCCCACUCUUCCUUUCCCACCCACAUUUCUAUAAUGCAGAUCCCGACCUGGUUGAGUCUGUGAUUGGGCUUCAUCCCAACAAGGACCAGCACUCCCUGUUCCUCGACGUGCACCCGGUCACCGGCAUCCCCAUGAACGUUUCUGUCAAACUGCAGCUGAGUCUGUAUACCAAGGCUGUCUCAGGCAUUGGGCAAACAGGAAAAAUCAAGACGGUGGUUCUUCCUCUCAUUUGGUUCGAAGAGCGUGGUGCCAUGGAAGGCCAGACCCUGGACGUGUUCUAUAACAGACUGGUAUUAAUACCCAAGCUGAUACAGUAUGUUCAGUAUGUCUUAAAUGCCUUGGGCUGCCUGUUCAUUGUCAUCACUCUCAUCCUUAUUAUCAAGAAUCAGGAAACCUUCUUUUUAUUUUGGAGUAGUAAUAAAAAGGUCUCAAAGAAAUCAGAGGCCAUUCAGUCCUAUUCAGAAUCCCUGAUGACCUCUGCUCCUAAUGGGACAGUGCUGCAGGAAGCCCGACUGUAGAGGACAUCCAGUGCUACUCUCCACGAAGGGCUGGGCCCCCAAUCAAGCCAGCUCCCCAGCUCCCAGACUCCCCUCCUCCAGGACGACCCCCACGAUGGACAGCCUGCCAGUAGCGAGUCCUGAGUGACCUUCCCUGCCUGGCCGUGGCAGCCGUGUGGCUGUGAUGUCACCUUUAUAUAUGUACAGCCAUGAACACACACGUUUCAUGUGUGUGUGUGUGUGUGUGUGUGUGUGUGUGUGUGAGUGUGUGUGAGAUAGAGAGAGAGAGAGAGAGAGAGAGAGAGAGAGAGAGAGAGAGAGAGUGCGAGAGAGUCAAAGAUGUGUAAAGAAGAAAAGAUCUCAAGGACUCUCAAAUUGGGCAUUUGGGGAUGGGAGGUUUUAUGAGAGCCAGUCUGGGAACAGCUUGACACUUGACUUCUCCCCUGAUUUACACAUCCCUGGGCCUGUCCAGAUGCCAGGACCCCAGAACACCUUGGAGGUGUUAGGUCUGGUCCUCCCCUGCCCCCUCCUUGAGUACUUCUUUCCCCCUCUCCCUCAAAAGGAGCCAGGAUAAACUGUACUGCACAACCAACCAAGUGAACACAAGCUGACAUGAGCCUUACCCCCAUCCCCCGUUCCCUCUCUCCUUCCCCUCCCCAUGUAGUAAUGUCUUUGGUGCCCUGGUUCUGAAACCCAUCACUUCCACCUUAUUAGAAUUUGCCCAGGCUGGACUCGGAGGCUCACUCCACAGAGAUUAACUAGACUUGCUGCUCACUUGGGUCCUUUAUGGCCUGGGCACCCCAGGGGCUGAGGCCACCACUGGCGGGGACCCCUUGGGCCCCUGGUGCUGAAGGGCUGGACCAGUGGUCGUCUCAUCUGUACCCAGGGAACAGGCUAGGUGCCGCCUUCGCUUAUGGAACUCACUUAAACAGCCUGGGGUUUAGGGUAGAAGGCCCAGCAUUACCACCCCUUUUUGGGUUGUGGUCUCUCCGAUGGCCAUUUUAACUCUCCAGGGUCUAAACACAGAUAUGUCUGGUUUUUAAUGUUUUCAUCGUUUUUCUAUCUUGUUUCAACAAAUGUCUGUUCCAGGGGGAUGUGGUCCUAGGACAUUCCCCGUUGCAUUCUUGGGGACGCUGGAAACCCCCUUCCCUAUGCCCAGGACUCUUUGCUCCUCCAGGGAAACAAAGCAGGAUUAGGGAGGAAGAUCUCAGGGCCCCUGCAUCCCCUUGGAGCUGGCAAACUGAUGCUCUGGCUUCCCUAGGGUGGGAGGAACAGUGUUUCUGGUAUCCUGGACAAACGUCUGUCUAUUUUAUCGCUUUUUUUCUACUAGAAAAAAUAAAAGAAAUCUCAUUCACUUUAAAAGGAUAAAUUCACUUUAAAAUAAAAAUAUUAAAAACA